AUGGCAUGUGCCAAGUUCGAUAAUGUGCCUCAUGUUGUGGCCGGGGAGAGAGCGAUUUGGAUCCUGCUGUCCUUUUUCGCUGUCAAAAGUUUAAGAAAAACUUUCCUGAAAUCCGACCCUUUGAAACACACAGUAACAAGCAAGUGGAGCUCAGGCUCCUACAAUGCAAUGGGCAGCGAUGGACUGCUUGGUUUGAGGCAGUUUGGCAGGAUUAUGGGUUUUGAUUACUUCAGAGACAGAAGUGAAGAUGCCUCCAAGCACAGUGACCCUGGUCCAUCAGAGUGGCUACGAGAAGCUAAGAGCGUUCUGAAGAAAAAGCACUUGAAAGAUGUGCAUCUCCAGCAAGUGUCUGUAAGAAGGUUCACAUCGUUCAAUCUCUUUUCAUUAGAAGGCUGGAAUACAGAAGACGAGACUGGGUCCUGGGUUCAGUAUAAAAGCAUCUUUCAUCCUGAAUAUAGUGUGUCCUUAAGAUUUCACAAUGGAGUUUUAAAUGUUGAAGAUGUUCUUACCAGUUUUGACAACACAGGGAAUGUCUGUCUCUGGCCAUCUGAAGAAGUGCUGGCUUACUACUGCCUAAAGCACAAUGAAAUGUUCAGGGACCUUGCUGUGUGUGAGCUAGGGGGUGGCAUGACAUGCUUGGCUGGGCUCAUGGUUGCUAUUUCUGCAGAUGUCAAAGAAGUUCUGUUAACUGAUGGAAAUGAAAAGGCCAUCAAAAAUGUAAGUGACAUCAUCACAAGAAACCAAAAUGCAGGAGUAUUUAAAGCGCAAAAAGUAUCGAGUUGCAUUUUACGAUGGGAUAAUGAGACAGAUGUCUCUCAACUGGAAGGACAUUUUGACAUUGUUAUGUGUGCUGACUGCCUGUUUCUGGACCGGUACAGAGCUAGCCUUGUUGAUGCAAUAAAGAGAUUACUCCAACCCAGUGGAAAAGCAAUGGUAUUUGCUCCACUCAGAGGGAAUACUUUAAACCAGUUUUGCAAUCUAGCUGAAAAAGCUGGUUUCUCUAUCCAAAGACAUGAAAAUUAUGAUGAACACAUUUCGAACUUCCACUCCAAGGCAAAACCCCACCUUUUAAAACCAAUAGCCAAGGUAGAAGCUACAUAACUGUAUAACCUACAUUGAGAAAUAUUUAAGUGUAUAAUUGGUGUUCUAUAAUGAUAUGUCUCAGGAAAUGUUGCUUACUUUAUCUGUGAAUAAAAAUAUUCUCAUCC